CCUAUUUUAGUUCCGCGGCAGAAAACCCGUGUCACGAAUCCGCCGCAUCCACUCUCCCGCGGCAACACCCUAACCUUCCAAGGAACCGCUUCCCCUCCCCCCUCCCGUCUUCUCAGCGGGGUAUGGCUCCGUCGGUGAUGUCGGAUUUCUCGUCCUCGGCCACCGCCCGGCUUCUUCCCUUCCGGUGCACUGUCCCUAUCAGGGCUUUCCAAUUCCAGCCGUCGGUUUCCAUCCAACUGACGCCCUUGCGCCUGAACGCGUCUCGAUCGACCUUGUCGCGGUGCUGUAGUUCAUCUGCUGUCGCCGCAGUGGCAACAAAUACGGAUACUCUUGCCAAGGUUAUUGAUGGGAAGUUGGUCUCAAAGCAAAUAAAAGAUGAAGUUGCUGGGGAAGUAGCCGGUAUGAAGGAAGCAAUUGGUGUCGUUCCUGGUUUGGCAGUCAUUCUUGUGGGCUCAAGGAAGGAUUCUCAAACUUAUGUCCGCAAUAAGAAGAAGGCUUGUGAAGCAGUGGGUAUAAAAUCUUAUGAAGUUAAUUUGCCUGAGGACAGCACAGAGGAAGAAGUGAUUAAGCAUAUUUUAGAAUUCAACAAUGAUCCAUCAGUUCAUGGGAUUCUUGUUCAGUUGCCUCUCCCUCGUCAUAUGAAUGAGGAGAACAUUUUGAAUGCUGUUAAUAUUGAGAAAGAUGUGGAUGGUUUCCAUCCGUUGAAUAUUGGUCGUCUUGCUAUGCAAGGUAGGGACCCCUUGUUUGUUCCUUGUACUCCUAAGGGAUGCAUGGAAUUAUUAUACAGGCAUGGAGUUGAAAUCAAGGGGAAGAGAGCUGUUGUUAUCGGCAGGAGCAAUAUUGUUGGAAUGCCUGCUGCAUUGCUGCUGCAAAAAGCAAAUGCAACCGUCAGCAUAGUCCACUCUCAUACUAAAAAUCCUGAGGAAGUUACAAGACAAGCGGAUAUUGUGAUUUCAGCUGCUGGGGUUGCCAACUUGGUAAGAGGGAGCUGGAUAAAGCCAGGGGCAGUCGUGAUAGAUGUCGGAAUAAAUCCAGUUGAUGAUGCAGAAAGCCCUCGAGGUUAUCGGCUGGUUGGUGAUGUCUGCUACGAAGAGGCUUGUACGGAAGCUUCCGCUAUCACCCCAGUUCCUGGUGGAGUUGGUCCGAUGACAAUCGCCAUGCUUUUAUCCAACACACUUGAAUCUGCCAAAAGGAUACACAAUUUCAAGUGACACAACUUCAUGCCCUCUGAUCGACCUUCGCGAACUACACUUCUCAUGGAGGUUUUCCUUUAACUUAUUUCUUUUUUAUAACACGGACUCGAUCCUAUAGGAUAAAAUAACAAGAAACAUGGCGUUUUGAUCUUUACUUUUCCUCCAUUUGUUGUUGAUUUGGUGUU